UGGGAAGCCUGUGUCUGAGUGGAGUUUCUCUGACAAGGAAGUGGGCAGAGGGAGAGGCUUAUCUGUUUGUAUGGCAAGGGAAGUCAGAUGAGAGUGCGAGAGGGUUUGGAGGGGAGCCAAUAUCUGAAUUCUGAGGGUAACUUGUCCUUCUGAGGCAUUCUUCACCUAACAGAGCUUCAAUGCUGCUCCUGCUACUUCUGCUCUUCAAGAGACUUCUCUGUUAUGGAGCAAGCACAGUGGCUCCUCUGCACCUAGGAUUCCAUCAUUCAGCAUCAGAAGAGCCCCUCUCCUACCGCUUCAUCCAGAUCUCCUCAUUUGCCAACCACAGCUGGGCACAAACCCAGAGUUCAGGCUGGCUGGGCGAGGUGCAGACUGAGGUCUGGGACAGUGUCUUGGGCACCAUCCGCUUUCUGAGACCUUGGUCCCAGGGUAACUUCAGCAAGGAAGAGUUGAAGAAUCUCCAGGCACUAUUGCAGUUGUAUAUGCAUGGUUUCACUAAGCAAGUACAGGCCUUUGCCAGUCAGUUUCAGUUUGAAUACCCCUUUGAGCUCCAGAUAUUAUCCAGCUGUCAAAUGCAUGCUGGGAAGGCCUCAGGAAGCUUCCUAUAUGGGGCAUAUCAAGGAUCAGAUUUCCUGAGUUUCCGAGGAAAUUCCUGGAAGCCAUCUCCAGGAGCAGGGAGUCAGGCUCAGAACGUCUGUAGGGUGCUCAAUCACUACCGGAUUGUUAAAGAAAUUGUGCAGAACCUUCUCAGCGACACCUGCCCUGGAUAUCUGGCAGGCCUCGUUGAAGCAGGGAAGUCAGAUCUGGAACGACAAGUGAAACCAGAGGCUUGGGUGUCCAAAGGCCCCAGUCCUGGUUCUGGCCAUCUGCUGCUGGUGUGCCAUGUCUCUGGCUUUCAUCCAAAACCUGUGUGGGUGAUGUGGAUGCGGGAUGGAUACUCCAUUCUCCCGAUAUUGAUCUGUUUGACUGUAAUAAUUACCCUGGUCAUGUUGGUUGUAGUUGACUCGUGGUUUAAAAAGCAGAGUCCUGUAUUUUCCAUAAGAGCCAACAUUCAAGACCCCACGAGUCCAGGACAUCAGCUCUGCUUGACACAGGAAUUGUGGAUCAAAAACAGGUUCUCGAAGAAUUGGAAAACAAGCCUAAAGCAACUCUGGUGACAUUAAUUUUACCUUACACAUAUAAUCGUCUUCUGCUUCUUCUCAAGGAUGAUUCAUACCUGUGAAUAAAAUAUGAUUUUGUUAAAACAGCUUGCUCUGGCAGAGAUCCUGAAUGCUUUGGAAAUUUUUUUUUCAUCUUCCAGCAAUAUCUUUCCGCUUAGGCCACAUGUUCACCACUAUUGAUCCUUCUUACUCUAAUUCAGACGCCUCUUUCUCAUGGAUGCUUCCCUGGAUUGUGCAAUUGAAAGCUUUUCUGUACUCUCAAAAGUGGACUGAUCUUCCUAAAUACACUCAUCUUUUCCUAUUUUGGACAGCAGUUAUUUAGGUUUUUACUCUUCUUUGUUCUCUCAGUUGCUUGAAAGCAGGAUUUAGGUGUUUGUACUUGUAUUUGUGACCAAAAGCUUUACAUGGAUUCAGAGCCGGCUUUAGGGGAAUGUGAC